AUGGCACCAAAAGAAUGGAGUAACUUCCAUGUGGGAAGAGAAUGUGGCCACCAAAAGUGGUCUCGUCGGAAUACCCCCAAGUUCACCGUCUCCUCCGGCGAGACUGUCUCUUUCGAUGCUAUUGACAGUAGCAAUGGCCAACUCGACACGUCAUCCAAGGCCUCAGCCAUCAAGGCAUUGGAUCUCGACCGGGUCAACCCCGUCUUCGGCCCAAUCUAUAUGAACGACGCCCAACCCGGCGAUGUCCUCAAAGUGGAAGUCCUAGACCUUCAGGUUGCCGACUGGGGCUGGUCCGCUAUCAUCCCAGGCUUCGGUCUGCUGGCAGACGAGUUCUCAGAGCCCGAGAUCAAGAUUUGGGAGCUGAACCGUGAAGCAGGCUUCGCCCAAUUCAAGAACAUGCGGAUCCCCUUGCGUCCCUUCCUCGGCUGCAUGGGUCUCGCCCCAGCCAACGACGAAGAACUCUCCACCGUGCCGCCCACAAAUGCCGGCGGAAACAUGGACUGUCGAGAGCUCAGCGUCGGCUCCACCGUCUUCCUCCCCGUUCAAACCGCCGGCGCCCUCUUCAGCUGUGGUGAUGGCCACGCUGCGCAGGGCCAUGGCGAGGUCUGCGGCACCGCCAUCGAGACCCCGAUCCGUGCUACCCUCCGCUUUGAGCUCCUCAAGAACCAGCCCUGGAUGACUGCUCCCCAAUUCCAGACUCCUCCCCGCGCCCAAAUACCGAACCCCCUUCCCGACCUUGGAACCUACGGGGCUCUCGGUAUUGCUCCUGACCUAUACGAGGCUACCAGAAAUGCUACUCGGAAUCUUAUACAGUGGCUGGUGCAGACUAAGGGUCUCACCCGCAGCGAGGCAUACAUUCUCGCUAGUGUUGCUGGUGACUUGCAUAUUGCCGAAGUGGUCAACGUGCCCAACUUCGAAGUGGCCAUGACACUGCCCUUGGGCAUCUUCUCUUGA